CCACGGCCGUCAAGAAGCGUCAACAGUCGGUGCCACGCGAAAAGAUAACUAUUCGCUGGCGCAAGUGGGGACAGUUCAGGUUGAGGAUUUUCCCACAUCCCCAUGUGCUACAGCUACUGUAGCCAUACUAUGAAGCAUUGGCCAAUCUGAAUCAGUGCUAGACUUGGGUAGGAGUUCACCGGAGCUCAGUACCAGCACCUCAAAUGUUCUACUGCUCGAGCUCAUUUUAUAGAAUAUUAGCUCAAAAGUGUUGUGGAGCUCGUGCACCUAAAUAUAAACAGUACUGCCACCUAAAAUGAAUACCUGAACCUAUUUCAAAGUCAAGCACUGACCUGAAUCAAAUUCACUUAGGCCCAUGCCCACUAUUUUAUAGCCUUACGUUAUACAAUAUAUAUUAUAAUACUGUUAUAAUGGGCUAUUUUGGAUCAUAUUGUAUAGGACAGUUUACUAUAGAUUACAUACAUUUUAGUCUUAAUUAUAGAUAUUGAAUGAAAUAGUCAGCAACAUAGUGGACAGACACCAUGCUGUAAAUCAAGAAUUGUAACAAGCAGCAAAUCCAGGUCUAGAAAUUGUUACAUUUUCUUAGAUAACAUGGAAAUUAGCAAUAACCUGUCAAGUGCAAUUUGUUUUCUCACGCCCCCUCCCAUUUUCCUCUUCGUUUCCCCUGCGUCACUUCUGAGCGCCCUGUUGUAGCGGAGUUGUCACGGCAACGACGUUCUAUCUCUUCUCCAAACACUUCGUGGGCCAAGCACAUCUUUGAUUUUGUUUGAGGGCGUCUCCUGCAAAACUGUAAUAAAUAUUUGAUGACUAUUCUAUGUUACUGCCUAUUAAGUUGAAUGUAAAAACCUCAAGGAGCAAAUGCUUGGAUGGUAUUGCUAAGGAAAAUGUCGAACUCGAUCCCCUUUAAUGAGAGCCUACAAGAUGAGUGCCGAAUUAGGGAUGCUUUUUCACUCUCAACAGAUUUCACCCUGAAAGGCUCAUCUUAGAAUGGACAAAUUCAAGGAAUGGGAUCAGGCGCCUGUAGAAGUGGCUGAAGACAGAAGUGUGGCAGUCGAGUACACAGGAUGGGACCAGAGCUGCCAACUACCCAACACGGGCCACGUCGAUGCCCUUUUGGAUAUCAGCGAUGAUACCUCAUCAAAAGAGCAGGAGCCAUUUGAGUUUAUCUGUCUCUCCAGAUGGGAGGAAGCUAUCCGGGGCUGGAGCAGAACUACUCCACUUGGCUGCCUGGUUCAGACCCAGAGGAGAGGAAAGAGGGUCAAGACUGGAGACACAGACCACCACUGCCACCUGUGUGUGGACCUUGUGAAGUUCUCGGUUCCCCUUGACUCUGAGUCCAACGUAACCCACUCCCCUGAGUCCUUCUGGGAUUCCUCCCUGGACUCAUGGGAGAACCCCUCCCCCACAACCCUGGGAGACUUCUUGAACAGACUCUACAGUCAAACCUCUAACAUCUCUUCAGAGGAGUCCCCACCAGAGUCCUUCAGGUACCUUCAGAAAGCCACACAGCAAUUGACACUCCAAGACAAGAUGGUGGAGGACAAAGCUGGGUGUGUGAGAUCAGUGACUCACUGCUGGGAUCUGCCCCCUCCCAGGAUCACGACCACUCAGCCUCAGAGUGUCCCAUGACGCUGAUCAUCAACAGCUUCACCAUCCUACCACCCGUGAAGGCCUCCCAGUCCAAACACACUAGGGUUACCAGCCAGCUCCGGAGGGAGGAGGCCGGCCCGGGGCGCAGUGCCUCAGACGGGGAGACCGCAGCGGCUGGGUCAGACGGUGUCACGCCUGCCUGGGAGAGCGGAGGUGGUGUGGAGAGCCAGCAGUCGCCACCUGUUGUCUGCUUUCAGCAUCCCCAUCCCCAAGACAUGUGCCAUACCCUCAGCACUGUCAGAUCCUCUACCCCGCUCCACCUACACCCUGGACAGACACCUCAGACAGGAUCCCCGGACCAGCAGUGCUCACAGACUCUACUUUGGACUGAAGACCAAGAUUCUGAAGCGUGCAGAGCCCCAACUGCCCAUUCUGUUUGGGAACAGGGUGCCCAUCCCAGCCUCUGCACAGAGACUACUCUGAACAGAGACUGUUACUUUGCACUCCAUACUCUCUCCCAACCCAAAAGCUCAGUCUUCGUGGGUUUAUGAUUAAAAAUAAGCUUUCUUUGAAAUAUCUUCAUAUCUUUUACAUGACACUGAUGACGAAUUCAACUUGGUCGUUUUAAACUACAUGAAAUUGACAUUAGUUUACAGACUGCUGUUAGUUCUAUUUGAUUUAUAGGCUAUACCACCUCAGCCUCAUUGUAUAACCAGUUUAUUCAUGCGUUUAAAAAGGUAGCAUUUGGUCCAUCAUCACACAUGCCAUCACUCUUAACAUCAGCAAUGCAAAGUAGUCCAGAUUGCUAGAAUUCAUUGUGCAGACAUGUUAUGGUCAUUUGUUACCACUGAUUAUUCAGCGUGAAAUCAUUUAACUGUUACAUGAGCCUUCCAUAAUUACAAACCCUCCACGUACCUGGACAUAUGGAGUGACUCAUUUUAAAA